CACUGAUACAUGGACCUCAAUUCAAAGAAUUUCUUACAUGUGUCUAACUGCACAUUAUAUUGAUGAAAAUUGGAAGUUGCACAAAAAAAUCCUAAACUUUUGUCCUGUUGAGAGUCAUAAGGGGGAAGAGUUAGGUGACCUUCUAGAGAGGUGUUUGAAAGAUUGGGGUAUUGAAGAGGUAUAUGCAUUAACUGUGGAUAAUGCCUCAUCAAAUAGUGGAGUUGUUAGGGUUCUUAGGAAUGCCCUCACCAAGUGGGGAACAGCAGUCUUAGGUGCACAAGAUUUGCAUAUGAGGUGUGCAGCUCAUAUCAUCAAUCUUGUAGUUGGUGAUGGAGUAAAUGAGGAAGAAAUGCACAAGAGUAUAACUGCUGUUAGAGCUGCUGUGAAAUAUAUAAGACAGAGCCCAUUAAGAUUAAAAAGAUUUAAAGCUGCUGUUGAGUUUGAAGAUAUUGAAACAAAAAAAGGGCUUUGCUUGGAUGUUCCCACAAGGUGGAAUUCCUUGUAUUUGAUGCUGGACACUGCAGAAAAAUAUGAGAUGGCAUUUGAGAGCAACCUUCUCUUCCCAGAAAUUAGUGAGGUUGAUUGUUUGUUAAAAUCUUGGGAGAAAGAUGUGGAUGUAAAAGACAUGGCACAAUCAAUGAGGGAAAAGUUCCACAAGUAUUGGGGUACUCCUACAGAAAUGAACAAAAAUAUUUUCCAUGCUGUAGUUCUUGAUCCUAGGAACAAAUUAGGAUUUCUUGAAUUUUUAUUGAUAAAAGUGUAUGGUAAAGAACAAGGAAUGCAACAUGGUAAAAUGGUUUGUUGUGAAUUGAAGAGGUUGUUUGCUGAAUAUAAGAAAACAGUUUCUGGUGGUGGGCAAACUGUAGUUCUGGAGGGUAGUGCUAGUGCUAGUAAUGCCCCUAGUGAGAGUGAGCCCAAGUAUAAGAGUAGGCAACAACUUAAGUCUGCUUACAAGAGGUUCAAAAUUGAGAGUGGGUUCAUGUCGGAGAAAACUGAGCUAGAUAAGUAUUUGGGAGAGGAUGUUGAGGAUGAUAAUGAUGAUUUUGACUUACUUGGGUGGUGGAAGUUGAAUGCUCCAAGGUUCCCUGUCUUGGCAGCAAUGGCCAGAGAUGUUCUAGCUUUUCCGAUUUCAACUGUUGCUUCUGAGUCGGCUUUUAGCACGGGAGGGAGAGUUCUUGAUACUUUUAGAUCAUCUCUAACCCCAAGAAUGGCACAAGCCCUUAUUUGUGCCCAAGACUGGUUGCGAAGUAAAUCGAGAAUAGUUUCGGAAGAGGAAGACUUGGAUCUAUUGGACGAUCUCGAGAAAGAAUUUGACAAAGUGCACAUGGAUUCUGCCAUUCUAGAAUGAAUGGCUUGAAGGUUUAGUCUGUGGUGUUAUGGUAGUAGGUAAAGUAUUCUCACUCAUUUUUAACUAACUUCAUCAUGUUGGAAUUAAUUAGGCACUGGUAGCAUAUUAUUUUUUUUUCUUAUAAUUGCUGAAUUGUUUUUUUUCUUAAUUGCUGGAUUGAUUUUUUCUUAAUUGCUGGAUUGUUCUAUUCUAAUAUUUAUAUGGAUUGAUUUUUUCUUAAUUACUAGAUUGUAUUUUUCUUAGUUGCUGGAUUAUAUUUUUCUUAAUUGUUGGAUUGUAUUUUGCUGGGUUGUAUUUUUCUUCAUUGCUGGAUUAUUCUAAUAUUUAUAUGGAUUGAUUUUUUCUUAAUUACUAGAUUGUAUUUUUCUUAGUUGCUGGAUUAUAUUUUUCUUAAUUGUUGGAUUGUAUUUUGCUGGAUUGUAUUUUGCUGGGUUGUAUUUUGCUGGAUUGUAUUUUUCUUAAUUGUUGGAUUGUUUUUUUUAUAUAUAUAAUUGCUUAAGUGCUUUUUUCUUAGUUGUUAGAUUGAUUUUUUCUUAAUUACUGAACUGUUUUAUUGUUAUAAUUGCUGGAUUUUUUUUUUCUUAAUUGCUGGAGUGGUUUUUUCUUAAUUGUUGUAUUGUUUUAUUUUUAUAAUUGUUGGAUUACUUUUUUUUUUUUACGAUUGCUGGAUUCAUGUCUUUGCUUAUGUUAACCUCAUAAUUUGUUUUCUUCUUUGUCCAUCAAACAGAUUCUUGUAUAUAUAUGGUGGAGGUGUUUUUGGGAUCUUUUUGUUCAUAUCAGUAUAUCACACCCAUAUUGCAGCUGUAAAGAAUCAAUGCAAUGAAGCUUAUUGACUUUU